CUCGGCUUCCGCCCGGUUGCCGCGGAGACGCGUCCGUCGCGCGGAAAUCCCCGCGGGCGCGGAGCCCGCCCGGCGCCGCCAUGAGCCAGCGGCAGGUCCUGCAAGCGUUCGAGCAGUACCAGCGCGCCCGGUCGCAGUUCGCGCAGGCGGUGGCCGACUUCGCCGCCCGCCCGCAGAGCAUCGACGCUCUCCGCAGUGCAGGUGUAGUGUGUUUGCUGAGACCUCUUUUGCUGGAUGUCGUCCCGAGUAUUCGACAGACCGCUGCCUUGGCUCUUGGGAGACUUGCUGAUUAUGACGCGGAGCUGGCAGAGGCAGUCGUGAAGGCAGGCAUCCUUCCACAGCUCAUAUGUUCAUUGCCUGAGGAGAAUCGUUACUACAAGAAAGCAGCUGCUUUUAUGCUAAGAGCAAUUGCUAAACAUUCUCCACAACUAGCUCAGGCAAUAGUUCAGAGUGGAGCACUGGGGAUGCUGGUGAUUUGCUUGGAAGAUUUUGACCCUGGAGUCAAAGAAGGUGCAUCUUGGGCAUUUGGGUAUAUUGCACGACACAAUCCAGAACUGUCACAAGCUGUGGUGGAUGCAGGCGCUGUUCCUCUUUUAGUGCUCUGUAUCCAGGAGCCAGAAAUUGCUUUGAAAAGGAUUGCUGCUUCAACUCUCAGUGAUAUUUCAAAGCAUUCUCCAGAGUUAGCACAGACAGUAGUGGCUGCAGGAGCUAUCGCUUACUUAGCUCAGAUGAUCCCGAACCCUGAUGCUAAACUGAAGCGUCAGGUGCUGUCAGCUCUAAGCCAAAUAGCAAAGCAUUCAGUGGAUCUUGCAGAGUUGGUGGUUGAAGCAGAAAUUUUCCCAGUUGUGCUCACAUGCCUGAAGGACUCAGAUGAAUAUGUCAAGAAAAAUGGUGCAACUUUAAUUAGAGAGAUAGCAAAGCAUACGCCUGAGCUUUCACAGCUUGUAGUAAAUUCAGGCGGAGUUGCUGCUGUGAUUGAUUGUAUUGGCAGCUGCAGAGGGACUGUCAGACUGCCUGGCAUCAUGACACUUGGUUAUGUGGCAGCUCAUUCAGAGAACCUGUCAAUGGCAGUGAUUGUCUCCAAGGGAAUACCACCACUGUGUGUCUGCUUGAUAGAAGAACAUGAAGAUCAUAUUAAGGCAGCAGCUGCUUGGGCCUUGGGACAGAUUGGAAGACACACUGCUGAGCAUGCACGUCAUGUUGCAGUAGCAAACGUGCUGCCCACACUGCUUGAUAUCUUUGUGGACACAGGCAGCUCAGAAGAUCUUAAAGUGAAAGCUAAGAAAGCCUUAAAGAACAUUCUUCAGAAAUGUACAUAUCUUCCAGCACUUGAACCACUGCUUCAUGAGGCCCCUCCCAGUAUCAUGAAGUAUAUUAUCGGGCAGUAUAGUAAGGUGUUACCACAUGAUAGUAAAGCACGUCGUCUCUUUGUAACAACUGGUGGACUUAAAAAGGUUCAAGAAAUACAAGCAGAACCUGGGUCACUUCUUCAGGAAUAUAUCAACACUAUUAACAAUUGCUAUCCAGAGGAAAUAGUAAGGUAUUAUUCCCCUGGAUAUUCUGAGAUGCUCCUGGAAAGGGUGGAAAAUUACCAACCAGUUUUAUAAACUUCAGAGUUUUAUUAGAGCUGCAUUUCACAUUUAUACCUUUAUGACUGUAAUACAAAUACAGCUGUUGAAAACCUUGCUUGAUUCUCAAAUCUCUUUCUACUGUUUGAACUACUGAAAAAGCUCAGCAAUUCUAGCAAGCUACAUUUUAUUCUUUAUAAACUUGUUUGUUGCUAAGUUUUUGUUCCUUUUUNNUUUUGUUUUUUUUUUUUUUUAACAUUACUACCAGGUAUUGCCACAUAUAUGAAUGGAAUUUGAUGCAGAAGUGAUGAUUUAUCACAGAAGCUUUUUUAGAAUCAGUCAUUUCCUUUUUCUUCCACAAGAAAAGUUUGUUAUCUCAUUCAAAUUUUAGCCUUCUCAGUACUUACUACCAUUUUCCCCUUUUGCCUUUGUAUAUUGUUUAAAGCUUCCCAGGCUUGAUGAGGGGAAAAAAGCUGGCCCCUGUGUUCUUUCUAAUUAUGGAAUUCUUUCUGCACUGAGAUAUUUCCUACUGCUACCUUUGAGGAAGUAAAAUGUUAUUUUACAUGUCCAAACAUGUUAGUAGCAGCUAAACAAAGAAAUAUCAGAGAUGAAGACGAUACAAGGGCUGAAUGAUGAUACAAAGGCAUGAUAUGGUGAUGUGGUGAUGUGGCCUGGUAGAUAAUACAUCUUCUGCUAAAGUCCUCCUAAUUAAGGCAGGAUACUCUGUGAGGAUGGGGGCAAUACACUGUGUGGCCUGUGCAUGGUUGUUCCUCUUGAGAAGGACAGAGUGAACUCAGAACUUCCACGGAGCCGAAGGGAAGGACCCUGGGAGUUUGGUUCUGCGGGGUCAGCAGCACAUUUGUGUGGCUCAGAGGAGAGGAGGUUUGCUUGGCUGCAGGAACACUGUUAGCAAAGUUCUGAGCACAUUCAGAGGAAAUCUGAGGAUGCUUAGGUUGCACUGAUUGGACUGAUGGGCCUAAGGUGGCUUAGGAUUUAUGCUUCAAGGGCUGAAGAGUUGAGCUAAAACACAUUUGGAACUUAAGUCUUGAAGCUGCAGAUCACAUUGAUGUAGAGAUAUGAGUUCUUUCCCUUCUGUAGAACAUCCUGAAAUUAUUUUUACCUUCUUCUGGAGAGUGAAAAGACAUUCUGCUUACUCCUCUGCUGUAUCGCACAGCAAACAACCCUCUAGUCUUCCCUAAUAUGUAACUGUCAUAUACCAUUUUUUGUUCUAACCAUUUUUCUUUUUCUCAUUUGCAGCAGUUUGGGGGGUGUAGUUUUUUGUUUUGUUUUGUAUGCUUGUUUUUUGGUUAUUGUUUUUUU